AUUAAUCUAAAACACUUGUAUUUCAGAUUAAAUAUCUAAAAAAACAGUAUUUAUACUAAAAAAUGUCAAUUAAAUAUGAUUUCACCGGAAAGGUAGCUCUGAUAACUGGUUCGAGUUCGGGUAUCGGUGCGGCCACUGCUCAACUGUUUGCCAAAUCGGGUGCCAAUGUUGUAGUUACCGGCCGUAAUGCUGACAGUGUGGCCAAAGUGGCCAAACAAUGUACAGAUGUUUCACCGAAACAGUUGCCAGCACUGGAAGUUGUCGGCGAUCUGACUAACGAUGAGGACUGCAAUCGACUGAUUGAGACAACUGUCCAAACGUUUGGCAAAAUCGAUAUAUUGGUCAACAGUGCUGGCAGUGGUUUUUAUUUUAAUAUUGAUGCCACAGAUUUUAUGGAAAAGUUUUCGCUGGCAUUGAAAACCAAUUUGAAUUCAUUGGUAUAUAUGACACACAAAUGUGUCCCGCAUUUGGCCAAAACUCGGGGCAAUAUUAUCAAUAUAUCGAGUGUUUCAUCAAAAAAAUCAUCUAGCGGUGAAUCUCCUUACUGUGUGUCCAAAGCCGCGGUCAAUAUGUUUACCAAAUGUAUGGCCGCAGAGUUGGGACCCAAACGUAUCAGAGUUAACGCAAUACUUUCCGGAGUUGUUGACACCAACUUUAACACUGUAUUUGAGAUAUCGAAAGAGCUUAUCGAUGAAAUAAACAAAUCUAUUGGCCAGAAAUAUCCGGUCGGUCGGGUUGGCCAACCCGAGGACAUUGCCAAUACUGUUGCCUAUUUGGCCAGUGAUACGGCCGCCGGGUUUCUGACCGGCAGUCUGGUUGUAGCCGACGGCGGAGAUAUUGCGGCCAAUGUUUCGUAUGAUUAGUUAAUAUA